UCGAACUGUCGUUCAUUUGUAUGUGUUGAAUUUGUGAAAGGUGUGACUACAAUUUAUAUUUGUUUUUAUUUACAUGUAUGUAAUCACUUCAAUUUGGAAGGUUUUAGUUCAGAUUUACAUGUUGAUUUAGAAUAAUAAAUAAUUGUAAUAUGGCACAAGAUACUACGAUAAGAAAAAAGUGUAGGAUAUGCCUUCAAAGCCAUGAGCAAUACAGUUCAUUUUUUGAACCUUGUCUAGGAGAAUUGAGUAUAUCUCAACUAUUGACAAACAUGCUGAAUUAUAAGAUUGUGGAUGAUCCUGAAAUGCCCAGAAUGAUAUGCCAGAGUUGUAACUCCAUAAUUAUUAAUUUCAGUAAUCUUAUGAAAGAUUUUCAAGAUAGGGAGGAUUGCUUGAGGGAAUCUCUCAGCAAAAAGGAAAUCAUAUAUAUGGAAGAAAAUGAUUUUGAUAAUUAUGUUGAAUGUGAAACAGCACCAUUUUAUAAAGACAGUGAUGAAGAAGAUAUUGAUGAUAUGAAUAUCAAAAACUCAUCCAUUGAAAAUGAAUGCAAGGAUGAUCUUUUGAAAGAUCAAGUCUCAGAACAGACUGAACUCAAAAAACCCUCUAGAAUCUUUGAUGAAGAGGGUAAUGAAAUAGUAAAAUCAGUUAAAUAUUGUUGUGAACCUUGUGGAGACUGUUUCAUCUUCAAAUCAGGAUUUAGUCAACAUAUGGUAUCCAAACAUAAUAGGUAUAUUCUGGAAGAUGAAUUUUCAAACUUCACUACUGAAAUAACACUCAAAUUACCUGCUCCACCUACUGGAGAUACAAUUAAAAUUGUGAAAAAAAAUUACAUAACUAAGAAGGGUAAAUUUGAUUGUCAGAUAUGCAAAUUGGGUCUUCUGAAUAAACCACAAUUAAGAGAGCACUAUAAUGUUCAUAAAACUCAUGUGUGUGAACAUUGUGGUGCUGCUUUUAUAAAGAAUUCAUAUCUUAGAGACCACUUACUAAUGCAUUCCACAGAGAAGAGGUUUACUUGUGAUGUUUGUGGGAAAAAAUUCAAAUACAGAAAUGGGCUGUUGGUGCAUAAAAACAUACAUGUGAAUUUCAGAGGAUUCAUGUGUGAUUCCUGUGGACAAGGUUUCAAUACAAGAAGUACUUUGUACACUCACAUCAAACUGAAACAUACCAAUGAAAGGAAUUUCUCCUGCCCAGAGUGUGACUUGACUUUCAAAGUGAAAUCUUGGUUAGAUAAACAUUAUAAGAGAAAACAUACUGCGAACAGGACUAAAGACUUUGUGUGUGCUGUUUGUGGUGUAGCCUAUUUGAAUAAGACAACAUUGACUCGUCAUACAACUGAAAAACAUACUGGAACACCUGUGAGACAUUAUUGCCAUGUUUGUGAGAAGAGUUAUUCCAUGAAAACUAAGUUGAAUAUGCAUUUGCAAAAGAAACAUAACAUUAUCCUCAAUAAGCUGAAUCAUACUACACUUUCAUAGAU